UUGGUGUUCCCUCUUUAAUUAUUAACAGAUUUAACGUUAAUUAUUUGUCUGUGCAAAUUAAUUAGCUUCUUGUGCACCAUUAUUUUUCUCAAAAAUCUCCCUAUUUCAGUUCCUGCUUUUUUGGUUUAAUUUAAAUCAAAGUGCAAAAACAUCACAACAUGGGAAAAGACGCCCAAGAACAAUUAAGCCUAAACAAAGAUAACAAGGAUGGUGAAGUUGUAGAAUAUUCCUUGUUACCUCCUGUACCAAAAUCACCAAUUAAUAGCAGACCAAACAGCAUGGUGAUUAAGAAAGCAAAUACUGUAAUUCCAGCACAUUUGGUGGCAGAAGCAAUAUCAACACUCCAUGGGCUUGAUUUAAGAUGGUCAGGUCCAAUUACACCAAGUGAAAUGCAAUAUGUUCAACAAUAUGUUUUGGCUAAGUACCCUGAAUAUUGCAAUGGACUUGUGGAAGAAGGGGAUAAAAUCGAUCUUUAUGCACUUUGUAUGAACGAUGAUUCGUCGUCUAAUGAAAAGGGAAAAUCCCCGAGGAAAGAGUCCUCAUCGCCUUCUUUUGGUAGUAGUAAUUCAGAGUUGGGAAAAAUCCAAUUGGAGCCAUCAAGAUUGCUAGAUAUCCUAACAAAGAAAACUUCGUACCAAGGGAAUUUCAUUUCAAUCCCAGAAAUACAAGUCCGUAAUCGAGCAUUGCAACAAUGUGGACUAAGUGAAGAGGAGUAUUUAGUUGUUUUUGCACUUACAUUGAAAGAAGCCAUGAUGAUGAUUGGAGAAUGUUACCCUUUCUUCAGGGGAAAUUACUACAUGACAAUUCUUGGUGAAGAGUAUGAUUGUAUACGCGAAUUCGUUACUUUUAAAGAUUCAAAAGUGAUUGCAGCACCAGAAACAUGGCUUGAUUUGAGGAUCAAAGGAUCACAACUAAGUCAAUAUUUUCGGAGGAAAUCAAAGCAUAGUCCAAAAGGGCUAUUUGCUUAUCCUGCUUAUGUAGAAGAAACGCGCUAUUCAAUGCAUUGGAUCUCAGAAGCUCAUAGAAAUUCAUGGCAUGUUCUGUUAGAUGCUUCUUGUUUGGAUGCAGGAAAGGAAAGAUUGGCUUUAGCAUUACAUCGACCCGAUUUCGUGUUGUGUACAGUUGAUAAUACACAUGCUCAGCCCUCUAAAAUCACUUGCCUUCUUGUAAGGAAACAGUCCUUUGAAGCCGCAGCUUCUUCAGCAAAUUAAUUUACUCAAGGUUGACAAGUCAGACUUGCUCAAGUGGUUAAGCGAUUCUGCUAUCAUCUGGUAAGUUGAGGGUCCGAGUAACUAUACAUGAUAAGUGGAAACACUAUUGAUCCUAUGACGGGGUGAUGUGG